AAUAUUAAUAAUAUCGGUGUCGGAAUGUCACACGAUUACAGAACUUGUUUGUAUCUUAUCAUUUGGCUAAAAUAUAAAGUUAAAUGAUGAAUUUGUGUGAAAUAGUUGUUUCUUCAUGUUUCGUAUCCGUAGAUCGAACAAAACGCGUCCGAUUCGACGCCACCGGUAUUCCACAAAGAUGACCGAGAGUGAUAAUUUAAUUCCACCUCCCGAGCCUGAAAUACAAGACGGACAACCCAAAGGAGGUACCAUGAAGAAGCGGUUCUUCGUCAUAAAAAUCCUCUACAAGGCAACUUUGAUUUUCCUCGGCUACGCCAUUUCUUACAUGCAAUGGUCUUUCCUCCUCCUGUUUGUGACUGCGGGUACUUUAAUAUGGCUCGAACAGAGAGAUAAAACCCAUGCCAACAAGAUAAGAGUGAAAGCAACAGCCUGUUCGUUUACGAAACAAGAUUUAGUCCGACGAAUCGAUGAAAUACCUUCAUGGGUCAAAUUCCCCGACAGGGAACGAGCUGAAUGGCUGAACCAAGUAAUAGCCCAAUUGUGGCCCACUGUCGAAAGUUACAUUAUCAAGCUUUUCCGAACAUCAAUCCAGACAAAAAUUCGGAAAAAAUAUGACUCUUUUCAAUUCGAAAGUAUUGAUUUUGGACCUACUCCGCCUAAAAUUGACGGAAUCAAAGUAUACACAGCGGUCUCGACUAAAGAUUCAAUAAUUAUCGAUUUUGACGUUUUUUAUGAUGGCGACUGUGAUAUUAAUUUUUCAUUCUCGGGGGCCGAAAUUGGCGGUAUUCGCGAUUUCCAGUUAAGCGUCGAAGUUCGCGUUGUCCUGAAGCCACUCCUCGCCAAACUCCCYCUCAUUGGAGGAAUCCAAAUCUAUUUCCUCAAUACGCCCGAUAUAAGUUUCACUCUUGASGGCCUAUCCGGCAUCCCAGGUCUUAGUUCGUUCAUACGGUCCAAAAUCGAGGAAAAAAUCACUAAAGUGAUCGUUUUUCCCAACAAGGUCACUAAGAGGUUCUCCAAAUCGGUGGCACCGUAUGAAUUGAAGGCUUUGGAGCCGGCUGGGGUACUCCGGGUGCAUGUCUUCGAGGCGAAAGAUUUGAUGGCGAAGGAUAUAACCGGGAAGUCUGAUCCUUACGCUAUCCUUUAUGUGGGGGCACAGGAAUGCAAGAGUAACACUGUGAAUCAAAGUCUGAAUCCCAAGUGGGAUUACUGGUGUGAGUUUGUUAUAAUAGACCCAAAUGCGCAACAUCUGGGAUUCAAGCUUUAUGACCGUGAUAACGUCAACGAAGAUGAUUUUUUGGGAAGUGGCGAAGUUGAUAUAGCGUYAGUGCUUAAAGGCCAAACUGACCAAUGGAUCAAGUUAGAUAACGCCAAACAUGGCUCUAUCCAUCUCCGUUUCACUUGGUUGUCUCUCUCAUCCGAUCUUGAGGACCUUGAUAUCGUUUCAAAAGAAACUAAAUUGUUACAAGUCGACAACAUAAGCACAGCUAUCUUGACCAUAUACGUUGAUAUGGCAACAAAACUUCCCGAAGCUAAACGACUCGUGAAACCCCAUCCUUACUUCAUUUUGACACUGAGGGACCAAAAACAAAAGAGUCGAGUCAAAAAACACACGAAUGACCCGUGUUGGGAACAAGGAUUCGUAAUGUUGGUACCGAAUCCCUUAGAAGAUUCGCUCCACAUGGCUAUCUUGGAUAAACCAACAGGCAGUCUUUUGACGCAAUUCUCAUACAAAAUUUCCGAUUUGAUGCAAUUACCGAAUUUGGAAAUCAGCAAGCAUGAAUUUGUUUUAGAUAACGAAGAAAGUAAAGUCGUACUUUCGCUACAAUUGAGAAUACUGACAAAUGAAAGUUGCGAAAUUGAAGAUGAGAGUGAAAGUGACUCCGAGGGUGUGUUUUCACAUGAGAGCUCAGUUGAGGAAACAAGUGUAAGAUCGAGAGGUUCAUCUCGAAAUUCUCCUAAAAAAUUUGUUGAAGAAGUAUUAACGAGGGCAUCAAUCUCCUCCCAAUCGGCUAAACCACCAAUCCAGCGCACAACAAGCGUUAACGAGCACCGUUUAGGCCGUCUGGAAAUAAGUUUAGAAUACAAUGAGCCGCGGCAAAAGCUCUUAGUAACAGUACAUCGAGUAUCCAAUUUGCCACUAAAAGACCCUUCCGACAUUCCCGAUCCUUAUGUCAGGAUAAAAAUGUACUCACAAGGUCACACAACAGGCCCCACCUAUCGGACUAAGGUGGUGUCGGACAACUGCAACCCUGUCUACGAGGAAACUUUCGAGUAUUUAUUCUCAAAAUCCGAUGCUUACGAGCAGACGCUUGUGGCAACGGUCAAGUCCAAAAAAUUCCUGCAUAAUAAUACAAUAGGACAGGUCGAAAUUAAUUUGAAAUAUGUUAAUUUGAGCGAGCCGUAUCGAGAAUGGUUCGAUCUGUGUCCAAAAUCGAGUUAAAUUCGUGUUGUGAUCGCAAGUGAUUAUCCAAAUCUCUUUUACGGACGAAUUUUUUAGGACAAAAUUUACACAUAUGAGGUCGUGUCCCCGAAUGGAUUUUUUCGUGGGUGCGCAAGUUGGACGACUGGGAAAACGGUUUCGAGCAAAAUUUGCAAAUGUACGGCUUACUCUGUAACAAAUAAAGUAUUAUUUCUUCA